AGAUUUUUCAUAAAAAUUUUUUUAAUGAGUUAACAUUAAAUUAAUAAUAAUGAAGGGAUAAAUGAAUGGCAGAAUCAUUUUCAGAAGGUGACUCAUUAUUGCCUAAGGAAAAAUCAAAAAGCUAUUAUAUGGUUACUGAUUCUCAUGAAGAAAUUCAUGAAACUGACAAUGAAGAACAGAUAAGAAGCAAGCUUCAAUGGUUUUUUAAAAACCCAUAUGAAAAGUAUAAAGAUAGAGGGCGCAAGCCCUGGAAAUUUUUGCUGCAAAUUGGAAAGAUUAUACUUGUUACUAUUCAGGCAACACUGUUUGCAACCAAUGAAUUUUCUGUAGUCACCUUCAAUAAAGAUAACAUUGAAACAUUUCGCCAGGUCUUUAUAUUCAACUACCCAAAUGGAAAAUUACUAUAUCAAAAAAGCAGUGUAUAUCAACAGAUUUUUCAUUCAUGGAAUCAAAUUUAUGAUUACGAGAAAAUAAUGGUUGGAACAUAUGAGAUCAAAACUGAUUCAAAUGAUACAAGGAUUAAAUUUUGUAAAACUUUACAUAAAGAUAGUCAAGCAAGAAACAUUUCAAAAGAAAAUCUGGAUACUUGUUAUGAUCUUCAACCGAAGCUAAAGAACCAUAAAAUAUCUCUUGACGAGUUCAUAAAUGUAAAUCAACUUCCAAAAGACUUUGAGUGGAUAGUUGAAAUGAAGCUUCAGUUUACUUUUCAAGUCAAUUAUACAAUGCUUCAUGCAAGGAAUUCACCAGACUGUUACAUGUUUAAUAUUGUGAUUUUAUUUGAAAAUGGUGAUCUUGAUGGAAUCAUGGAAGUAAGGCUAGAUUCGGAUAUAGAUUUUCAUCAUUGCAGAUCAAGUGACAAGGGACUACAUAUUCAAGAACAUCAGACAAAAAAGCGUUUAAUGACAGUUUAUGACUCAGUUAUAGUUAUUUUGUGUACUGUGUCCUUAUCUUUAUGCCUUCGCUCAUUUAACCGCCAUUGGAAGUUGUGCAAGGCUGCUUCUCGGUUUUUUGCUGAGUAUCGUUAUGAACCAUUUACAGUAAGUGAUAAAAUGAAUUUUUUGAGCUUUUGGUUGCUUCUCAUUACCCUGUCUGAUAUAUCAACAAUUUUUGGCACAACUAUCAAAAUAAUAUUGGAUUGGAUGGAAUAUCCUGAACUCUACGCAUCAUGUAGUAUGUGCUUUGGGCUUGCAGUAUUGUUUUCAUGGAUUGGAGUCCUCAGAUAUUUAGGGUUUCUGAAAGGCUAUAAUGUUCUUCUUAUAACCCUUAAGACUGCUUUUCCUGUGAUAGUUCGCUUUAUUUCUUGUGUGGCUUUUAUAUAUAUUGGUUUUAUUGUUUGUGGUUGGAUAGUUUUUGGGCCAUACCACCUAAAGUUUCAAAGUCUAGUGACAACAUCUGAAUGUUUAUUUGCUUUGGUUAAUGGUGAUGAUAUGUAUGCAACGUUCAAUGCUAUGGAUUCAUCAGACCCUUUGAUUUGGUACUUCAGCAAAGUUUACUUGUAUUUUUAUGUAUCAUUAUUUAUAUUUGUUGUACUUAGCUUGUUCAUUGGUAUUGUUGCAGAUACUUACGAACGUAUUAAGGAUUUUGGAUAUGCACCCAAAAGUCGUAUUGAACUCUUCAUGGAAGGCAAUGAGCAUAUAGAGGAGGAGCAGCAGCAGUUUAGAAGUCUAUGCAAGCUUCAUAAUAGGGUAGAUAAUGAAAACAGAAAUGGUUCUAAUAUUGUACAUGACGAUUUAAUGCCAUGCUCAUCAGCUGAGCCUAAUAUCAUUGUGUGAUUUUUGGUAGAAUACUGGAAUAACAUCAAAGAUUUCGAAAAAAUCUAUCAAACUUAUUGUUAUUAAAAGUUUAAAGAGAACAUUUUUUGUACAGUUAUAAAAAUAUUUUUAAAGUUUUUCUUAACAAGGCUGUUUAAAAACCAAAUUGUUUUUUUAGGUAUUUUAUAACGUAUUUUAUAAGUUUAUUUUGUGUAAUUUAUUUGUAAACGGUUGUUGUUUUUUUUAAAAAUGGUUACGAUGAAAAAA